ACUAAUUAACCAGAACUGUUUAAAUUUGAUCAGAAUUAUAUCAUCAGAUAAUCGAUCUGAACAUACCCAAAAACAGAGCCAGGCUUAGAUAAAGAUGACUGAAUCUUCAAAUCGCAAAAGGUUGCCGAAAAUAUUUAAGUUUAUCACAAGCAAUCAAAACCCGAUGAUGAUUUUUGCUAUUUGUUUCUUGUUACUUUCGCUUUUCAGCUUACAAAUUUUUUCCACCAAGCAAAUCGAUGUCCUCUUUUUACAAAAAUCUGAAGCUUCUGAGAAAAAAUGGCCAGCUACCCCUUUGGACCAAUUACAUCCGGAACAACUGAAAUUAGUGCAACUGAUUACAAUGACCAGACAUGGUACUACAACACCUGGAAUGUUAUUCCCAAAUGACCCGAACAGAAAAGAGUGGGCUAAUAUAGGGCCACCCGAGGCUCUUACGACAACAGGUGUUCGUGAGCACUGUAAUUUGGGAUUCUAUUUAGCAGAAAGAUAUGGAGGAUUCAUAACAGAUAAAAUGACGAUUGAUUCGGGCACAAAAAUUUGGAGCACAGAUAAAGAUCGAUCAAUCGCAGCAGCAUACAGCACUCUAGCAGGCAUAGUUGGGGAAGAGUGCUUAUCAGACGAAUGGAUUCAGAAAAUGCCACCAAUUGCUGACAUUAUCUCCCCACUUGGAAACAAAGAGGCAAACAGCGAUAGGCAGGCAAAACAAAAACAUCAGCUCAAAAUACCCAAAAUCGACCCACAUGCUGAUUUUAUGCAUCGAUCUGCAUGGAUAAAAUGCAAAAAGUUGCUUCAACUGAACAAGAAAGGAGUGACUAUUAAACGGCGUGAACACUUUCUGAAUAAUAUUCAGUUCUACAAGGAAUUGAGUGAAAUUGUUGGAUUCAAUUUGACUAGUUUCGAUGAAGCCAAAUCGGUCUAUGAGUCAUACCAAACUGAGUUUCAAGUCAAAAGUCACUACAGUAAAUGGAUGGAUGACGCGUUUCUAAACGAAUUAUUGCGAAUGUAUUUGCACGAUUACACUUUGUAUUUUCCUGCUCGCAUAAAUGGAAUUUUAUCUGGCGGACCGACAGUAGCAACAAUUGUCCAAAAAAUUCAAAAAGUAGUGAGCAGAAAACUGAACACUGAAAACAAAAAGGACACAGUAAUGAUGCUCUUCGGGCAUACCAGUUCACUAAUGGCGGUCACCAAAACAUUAGGUAUCGAGCUUACUGCUUUGCCAGAUUUUGCUUCAAGUCUUAUUUUUGAAAUUUAUUUGGCAAAAGAAAACGAACAAGAUCCAGAAACAACAGAAUAUGUAAGCAAUGAGAACAAGUUUUGUGCCCGUUUGCUCUAUAAAACGGCAUCAGAAAUAUAUCCGAUUCAGUUCCCGGUUUGUAGGAAAAACUCUAUCGCUUUUGGCUCCGAAGAAACUCAAUGUUGUCCUAUUCAUUCGUUUUUAAUCCAUCUUCAGAGAGUUGCUGCACAUAACUAUGAAAAAUUAUGUCAAAUUUGAAACACCUUUCAAAUAUCGCCAUUAUUUGGGCUAUUUAAAAAAUAGAUGCUAUUAUAAUUUUCAUCUUAGUCAAAAGUGUACUUUUAUUUUAUUUGUAGUCUGAUAAAUGGAUAAAGCUGCAUAAAUUUGUUGAAUCCCAAGUUUUUACUUUGCCUUUGAGCUAUUUCUGAUAAAUCGCCCUGAUAAGGAGACUAAAAGGUGCGAAGAUUAGAAGUCGAGAUUAAUCAAUAAAAGGGAGCUGCGUGAUUUCUAUCAUUCAUGGGGCGACAUUUUAUUGCAUGUGUCAUAACUUCUUUGCCAUAUUUAUUUCACCACCUCUCAAAUCAACUUGAAAUAACCCUACUUUCAAC